UCCUCCCUCCUCCUUCUCCAGAAGCACAGUUCCUGCAGAGCUACCGUGGUCGUGACUGAGCUCCACCGGGGUUUAUUUCACCGACACUUUUCACCAGACAUUCAUCAGACAGGAGGAAGAAGAAAACACAAAAAAAGGGCGAGAAGCAGCCAACACUGGGACUAUUCUUCACCAAACUUAUCAAAACAAGUUUGUAUAUUCAAACGCUGUUCGUCUGCUGCUGGCGAUAAGGCUCUAAUACAGCAUACUGUCGCUAUAAUAAGUUAGUUAUUAUCACAGAAUGGCUGAUACAACCGCGUCCAGCCCCGGUGCGAACUGCCUGGAGAAGCUGAAAAGUUACGUGAGGACCCCAAAAGGGUUUAUUCUGGCAGCAGAAAUACUCAUCAGUUUCAUUAUCAUCAUCUGCUACGCUGCAUCUCUGUAUGGAGGCUACUCCGCUGUGGCCAUCUGCGAGAUGGUCUUCGCCAUGGUCUUCUUCGGCAUCUUCAUGAUGGAGAUGGACAAGCAGAUCCAAGUGGUCAACUGGGUCUGGAGCGAUCUUUUCCGUGCUGGUAUCGGCGCUAUCCUUUACAUCAUCACUUCUCUGAUCUGUGUGAUCGGAGGAGCAGGGGAUGGUGCUCGUAUCGCAGGCGGGGUAUUCGGUUUGAUCGCUGGUCUGCUCUUUGCCUAUGACACCUACACCAUCUUCCUGCAAAUCAAGAGCACCAGGCAGCACACGGCAGCUUCCACUGAUGACAGAGUUUAAAGACACAUUUACCUCUGUCAAGAUCGCAGCAGGACAACAAAAAGUAAUGUGUGCAGAAGUUAACGGAAGAGUGGAGCAGAGAGGACGAUGGACAGUAAAAUGAACAGGUCACAGUUUAAUCAAUGCCACUAUAAGGUGUGAACAGAACAGAGAUAUAUAUUUUGGGGGCAUGCUUGAGAGGAGGAUGAUGUAGUCGGAGCAAGUGGUACUGUACAUCUGUGCCUGCACGCCAGAUAAAAACGUGUCAUGAGUAGUACAUGAGGAAUUCCUCUCACAAACCUUUAGGCCAACCUCAAUGUACCACUGAUUUGAAAAGGGACAACUGUAAAUAAUAGGCAAUGGUUGAUGGCAUCAAGCAGCUUGUCUAAUACACAUGUCUACUGUUAAUGGACUGCUGUAGUAAGUAGUAACUGUGUUAUUUGGACUUUAGAAGUAACUGACAUGAAUGGGUGCUUUAAAAAAUUGUUUAACAUUAUACUGUAUUUCCUCAAAUAGUGGCCGGGGCCUUUAUUUACCUCAACUGCAGAAUUUAACAGGCCUUUAUUUGAAGUAGGCCUUUAUUUUUAAUUCAAUUCUGUUUGAUUAUUGUCAUAUUUGAAUGCCUUAUUUUUAUCCGCUUAAUACAAACUCAACACUUCCUGUAAUCAUUUCAAAUUAAAAGUCUUUUAGCAUUUCAGUGGACAGAAACCUUUAAUUUCUUAACAAGGCUUUUAUUGUGAAACAUUUGCAAGAAAAUGUUGAGGAAAACUCAUUGACUGUGUUCUAAAUCACAUAUUAAUGUACUAUUGAUACUCUGUAUGAUGUUAAAUUGAGUAUGUAGGGUGCGUAGUAUGUGAAUCAUGUGUACUCGAGUAAUACCCUGGAUGUAUACUAGAUUAGUAAGAAUGAUUCCUGCACAUACUCCACUGCCCCAAAAGGCAUUGCGUCGCUUCAGACUGUUCACUUCUAAGAAUAUGUGAGACAAGAAAUUAACUGUAUAGAUCACAAAUAUUGGCAAUUUGACAAAGAUCCGCUCACAGACCCUCUCUUGCCCAAUUUACCCCACAGACCACUGCAGCCAACAGAACAGACAACUUCAGAAACAUUUCUAUGUACUGUAUCAUAUUCAGUCUGUUUAGUUAAGCCCUGCUUUAGGUAAAAUUUAUGAGAUAACAUAAUUAAUCAGAGACAAACAGCACAAUGCCAUUACCUCCUCCUCCUGACCUCCUCUUCUCACUUGCAUUUAUUUUACCAUAAUUUGUUUUUCUUCUUUCAGCCUUUACCUUUUCCCCACAUUUUUCUGCUUGAUUAUUCUCAUUGUGAGCAAUCGCCACACACUAACUGUGCAUGUAGUAGGCAGUACGUUAGUGUGCGAUUUCAAACACAGCCAUUGAUUUGAAAGGUUCCCAUACGCCACUUGAAAUGUAGCUGCUGCGUCUUGUGGUGCUUGUGUGUUACUACAAAAUACAGUUGGGCUUAGACACAUGCCCCCCUUAUACAGCUUGUUGAAGGCGGGAAUGUGGCACCAUUUUGUAUUAAACAUAUACACAUGGAAUGAGUUGUUCUUUCAUUAAGUCGACAGCAGAAAUAGUAAAAGAGCAGACUCUACGUUAGUAUAAAACACAGACACUGUUACAGGUCAUGCAGCAUGCUAUAUAAAAUAUCACACACUGGAGCAGCAGUAUGCUGCCAUUGUUCAGUUAGCAAAGCCUGCGUAAUAACGGGUCUUCUUUACAGCACUAUUGCGAGGUCUCUCUGAGAAGGUCUACAAACGAAUACACCCGCAGUGACUGAAAUUGAACAUUGACACUUCAGAUGUUGAAAAUAGCAUGAUUAUAUUGUUGGAUUUAUUAAAUUAAAGUGAUGUUAAGUAUACAUUACAGUUGGCAUGUGCAUAACAUGGCAGCCCGCCUGGACUUUAUCCACCCGUGUGUGCUUCAGUGGUCGGAAGAUUAGAAAUAUGAGUGCAGUCCAUUUACCAUUUACCUUGUUUUUCCUGUAUUUGCGGCCUGUCUUUAUUUGUUUGUGCCCCCAGUCAAUAAUCGAUCGACCUUGACGACCAGCUUUUAUUUGAGGAAAUAUGGUUAUUAUGCUCUUCUUGAGUGUGUUUUCUGUAUUCUGAGUGAGGUUUCUCAGCUGGCCAAACAUUUCCUGCUCUGUUAUUUAAUCGUUGCUGUUUCGAGUGCUCCCUGUGUUAGAGUGCCUUAAAGUCUCAUUCAGAUUAACCAGUUUCUUUUCAUCUUAUUCAUCUCCUAAAUCCUAAACAUUUUAAGUGGCCUACUGUCAUUGACUAGCAAUAUUUUGGCUGUUUUUGUACUAGUCAGAGUUUAGUCUGCAUCGUUAGAAAACGGUAGACGUCCAUUAACCAUCAACCAAAGGUUCAUUGUUUGUAUUACAGCAUCAUCCUCCAGUUUCACCUAUAUACUUUGAUUCUUGCUCAGGUUGUUUUUUCUUUUUCUUUUUACAUUUGUAUCACAUUUUUAAGGUGCAGAGUAUUUUCUGUUGACAUUUUAUACAGACCAGUCAUACAGUACAGUUUUAUUUGUGUUUUAUUUUUGUUUUUGAGUACAUGUUCUCUUUGAUGAGACAGAUGAAGAAAAAUCCCUUGCUAAAGAAAAAAUCACAUUGUUGGAAUUUUAUGAUGUGAACAAUUUGAAAAAAAAAAAUCUGUAACUGUUUCCUCAACUCUUUGGUGGUUAUUUGUCCAAGUAAAACAUUGCCUUAUUAUUAUUUUUAGUUUUUUUCUAACAUGCUUUACAAAAGUCUGUAGUUUGUAAUUUCAAAAUUCAAAGCAGCCUUGCUUUGGGAAAUAAAAGCCAUUGGUAAUACAAA